GUCACGGCGCGCGCUCCGGGGUGAGCGCCGAUCCCACAGUGCGCUCCGGUGAGCUGGUCAGUCGGAGCCCGUCGGUCGGUCUGGAAACCGGGACAGUGAGAGUAAGUGCGCGAGCUGUUGUUGGGUGUGAGCGAGCGCGUGACGGGCACCAGUAAGAGUGAGCGAGCGAGUGAGUGACGAGCGUCGGGGCAAGUGAGCGAGCGAGUGACAAGCAGACGAGUGAGUGACGAGAGAGCAGGACAAGUAGUGAUCGAGUGACUAGGAGCAGGGUUAGCGAGUGAGUUGACAAGCAGCGGGGUAUGUAGUGUGAGUAACAAGCAGACAAGUGAACGAGUGUGUGACUAGCACCGGGACAGGCGAGCGAGUAAGAAGCAGAGGAGUGAGCGAGUGAGUUGACAAGGAGGACGUUGGUAGUGUGUGAAGGGAGUGAAAAUCUAAAAGAAAGGCUAGGAAUGAGAACUAACACGCAGGUGAACAAGUGAAAGAGGAAGAGGCAUGCGAAUGGGACUACAGUAGCUGCAGUUGACGGGGGGUCAUGGUCGGCAGUGGUCUCCGUGGAGUCUGGCGGGCGUGAGCAACAGCUGCGGGUCGUGCCGUAGCCAUGGCGAGGACCUGGUCACCGUUCUCGACAUCGGCGACGUCGGCGACGUUGUCCUCGUCGACCGCGUCGCCAGCGUCCUCCUCGUCGGAUGGCCUGUCGAGAUCCUCGACGUCUCUGUCGUCGUCGUCUCCGGCGCUCUCCUCUUCGUCAACGACGUCGUCGUCGGCCCGGCGUCUCCGCCUACGCUCCCCCGCGGCCGCGACGCCCUUCAUGUCCUCGGCGCCGUCCGUCAUCGCCGUGCUCUGCGCUGCCGCGCUCAUCCUCAGGACGCCCGCCACGACGGCAGCCACAGUAGACGAUGCAGCCUACGAGGACAUCGAUGAGGAGGCUGACGUGGAGGGUGGCGGUGUCCUCGCCAUCCUCCGGUCGCUGGUGCGCGCGACGACCACGCGCCUGUCGUCGCUGGUGCUGGGCGCGGGCCCCGGCACUUACGACGACGACGCCGACGACGACGACGAGCAGGAGGCGGCGGCCGCGGUGCCGGUGCCGGCCGGGGCGCGGGUGCGCUACCGCGACUACCAGCUACUGCGCGUUCAGCUGCGCUCCAAGAGGAGCGGCGCCCAGGUGCGGCAGCUGGCGCAGCGCCACCCGGGCGCGCAGGUGUGGAGCCAAGCGCGCCGCCAGCGGACCGCCGACCUUCUGGUGCCGCCCGCCGAGGCCGCCGCCCUGGAGGACGCCCUGGACGACUUGGGUCUGCAGUACCGGGUGGUCAUGUCCGACGUCCAGAAAAUCAUCUCCCUCCAAAACCCACCGCGGCCGACGGCGCAGCAGCGGACGACCCUCCUGCGCAACGUGGGGCACCCCUUCACGUGGAAGCGGUUCCACCGAUACGACGACAUCGUCGAGUACAUGCACUGGCUCGCCUCCAGCUACCCGCACCUGGCGCAGGUCCUGACGAUCGGGACGUCGAGCGAGGGCCGGCCGCUGUACCUCCUCAAGGUGUCCACGAGGGAGGCCAGGUCGGACCUGGCGCUGCCACGGGACAACGGCACCGCGGAGCCAAGGCGGGCCGCCGGAACCCAAGGCAAGAAGCCCGCCGUCUGGGUGGACGCAGGCACGCACGCGCGCGAGUGGAUCACACCGGCCGCCGCGCUGUACGUCUGCAUGCAGCUCGUGGAGCGCUUCUACAGCCACCCGCACCUCGUGCUGGACGCCGACUGGUACAUCCUGCCCGUGCUCAACCCGGACGGCUACGAGUACGCGCACGCCCGCGACCGCCUGUGGCGCAAGUCGCGGUCCUCGCACGAGGUGGCCGCGGGCCUCCGCGACGGCGGCGGCCCUGGCGGCCUGGGCCUGGCGCGCCUCGCCUCGCUCUUCCACAAGCACAAGCGCGGCCCGUGCUCCGGCGUCGACCUCAACCGCAACUGGGAGCACAACUGGGGGGACCGCGUGGGUGCCUCGGACGACCCCUGCAGCGAGAGCUACGCCGGGCCGCGACCCUUCUCCGAGCCCGAGACCAGGGCCGUCGCCGCCUUCAUCUCUCGCCGGCGCGAGCGCGUCCAGCUGUUCGUGACGCUGCACUCGUACGGCCAGCUGUGGCUGAUCCCGGACGGGGCGGGCUACGGCCGCCUGCCGGACCACCAGGAGCUCUACAACAAGGCCAAGCUGGCGGCCGGCGCCAUGCGCCGCGUCCGGAACACGCGCUACCACAUCGGCACCUCGCCCGAGGUCCUCUACCCCAUCUCGGGCGGAUCGGCCAACUGGGCCAAGAACGUGGCGGGCGUCAAGUACUCGUACACCCUGGAGCUGCCCGACCGCGGCCGCUACGAAAGUUUUCCGUUCCGCGUCAAGUACUCGUACACCCUGGAGCUGCCCGACCGCGGCCGCUACGGCUUCCUGCUCCCGGCCAGCUUCAUCGUCCCCACGGGCAAGGAGGCGUUCGCCGGGCUCAAGGAGCUCACCCAGGCCAUCGUGUGCAGGAACAAUGUGUACUAAAGAAACUUUUCCGCCCUGUGUGACGGCAGGAUCAGCCUCAAGCACAGUCGCGUGGCUGUGAGUGUUUUUUUUGUUGUUGUCUUUUUUGUCUAUCGAAAGGUGUUUCCUUCCCCUCCUCUCUGUGUAGGUUUUGAAAAUCUUAAAACGAUUCAUUAUGUAAUAAUUUCGUUCCUUCUUGUAUUUUAGGAUCUAUUUGAAUUUACGAAAUGUUGUCGUUUGUCGAUGUUUUCCGAAUUCCAAACGAGGUUGUAAAAUUGGUAAAAUCAGGGGUCCCGGCGAGGCGGCCCACGAGCGACUUUGUCGUCGUUCGCGCUCUCUCACUCUUGUGGGUCACCCGUAAGUUCGUCUCUCUCACACUAUGAUUAGUGCUGUCGUUAUUCAUGACCCCUGUUGUAAAUCUGUUCUACACUGCGACGAUUCUUGGCACUUUUCUUCUUCCGUUGUGGAGUUUGAUGGAUGUUAGUUUAAUAGGUUUUGUUAUUCAAUGUUCAACGUCAAUCAAUGGUGUGUUAUUAGGAGAUGCCAUCAGGACUAAAGUACUUUUACAAAAUCAUCGACAUGGUGAGGAUAAUAAAGCUCAGUGAACAGAGAGAUGAACUACUCUUCCUUUUAUCGUACAGAUUUGUUCCAUUACAUGUCAUAUAUAUGAUUAGACAAUGAAAAGUAAUUAUUUAUUUAGUAUUUAUUUAUCUGUCAGUAGUAUUUGUUGAUGUAUUUAUUUGUAAAUUAUUAUUCUUCUAGUGCCAUAGUACAUGUCCAUUUCUUAGUUCACCGUAAAUAGUGUAUAUCUUCUUGUUUAAUAUGUUUUCUCAUAAUGAACUGUGCUAGAUCAAGUACGCUGUCCGUUUCCCCUCUUAUACUUACGUUUUGCUUCUGAAGACAAUAAAAAUCAUCGAAUAAAGACA